CGACGAAGUUACGUAAUAUACUAAAAUUCCUGGCUUUUGUAAACACUACCCUCCCCGCUUCCUGUGCAAUCCACUUGCUGCUGAAGGAUCAUAAAGCAGCCUCGGACACGAUGCAAGAGAGCAGAAUUUCUGAGCCGAGCCCCCGCUCCCUGUUGGUGCAGAUGUCGUCUGGAAUGGGAGGCAUGCUUCCCGACUGCCGUCUGCUUGCAAAAGACGACGGCGAGGACGACGAGGAAGUGGCCACCCUGGAAGAGGGCGAAACGCUGGUGGUGACACCGCUGGUGCAAGACGAAAGCGAGGUGCAGUACAUCACUCAAGAGGAGGAGGAGGAAGUGAUUACUGCCAAUGUGGCCAACAUAGAGGAUGCUGGAACCACUGCUGUCCUCUGCAAGAUGGAGUCCGAAGAGAAAGGAAGCGAGAUCUGGGUCCUGGGAGACAUCAUCACGGUUGGAGACCAGGGGGCCGGCCACUGCCUGGCCCAAGUUGCGGAGGCAUCCACCCCUUUGGGGGGACACCACAUGCCUCACCACAUAGUGGUCGAGGGUGCAGGCGGGAACGAAACGAUGCUGAGCAUGGUCCCCGGGGCUCAGCAAUCGAGGGAGGUGGGAGGAAAGCACACCUGCAUCGACUGCGGCAAGGAGUUCACGACGGUGUUCCACCUCCGUCGGCACAGGCGCAUUCACACUGGCGAACGGCCGUACCCUUGCAAGGUGUGCGGCCAAUGUUUCCGCCAUUCAACAUCCCUGAAGGUGCACAUGCGGAGGCACACGGGUGAAGAGCCCUUCCGUUGCCACAUUUGUUCAAAGUCAUUUAAGGAUCCAGCCAACUUCAAGGUGCACCAGAACUCCCACUCGAAGGAGCGCCCUUACGCCUGCCGCGUGUGCGACAAGCGCUUCAACGCCGCCUCCACCCUCUACGCCCACAUGAAGAUCCACACGGGCGAACGCCCCUACACCUGCCACAUCUGCAACCGGUCCUUCACCUUCAACAACACGCUCGUGCGCCACAUCCGCACGCACACGGGCGAGAAGCCGUACAAGUGCGAGAUGUGCCCGCUGCGCUUCUCGACCGCCUCCAACCUGUCGUCCCACCGCAAGAAGCACCUGCAGGAACGCCAGUUCCACUGCCACAUCUGCCCGCAGGAGUUCUCGACGGCCACGGCGCUGACGUCGCACGCCAAGACGCACACGGGCGAGCACCAGCACCAGUGCGAGGUGUGCGCCAGGGGAUUCGCAAAGUUUUCGGGACUGCAGGCGCACAUGCGCAAGCACACGGGGGACAAGGCCUACACGUGUUCCCAGUGCGGGAAGAUGUUCCAGAAGAAGCUGCUCUACAAGCAGCACAUGGUGAACGACCACGAGCCCGAGCAGCCGGCCGCGCGCUGCGAGGUGUGCCUGCGAGAUUUUGCGGACGAGCAGGCGCUGCAGUCGCACAUGAAGACUCAUAACGUGUCCAGGGGGACUAGCGCGAUUGUGGUGUACAUCAACAAGAAGUAGGGCGAGUUAAUGUUUGCGAAAGUGCUGCGGAUAGAUUGUUUUGAGAUGUUCAUUGGAUGCAGAAUAAAAAAAAGUGAGAGUUUUGUUUUUCA